GUAACCACGGGAUUGUCAAAUGUCAAAUAUUGCAAUAUGUCAUAAACACAACACUUGAAAAGCAAUUUUAAGGACUUUUAAAUUAAUAUUUUAACUUCAAUGUAUACUAAUUAACUCACUAGCAUCUUAUUUACAAACUGAAAAAUAUUCAAAAUGUCACGACAUCGUAAUAUACGUUCCAUAAACGUUAACGAAGAGUACGAGGGAUACGAUGAUGUUUAUGGGCAUUCAGUGGAAGACGACUAUUGCGUGUCGCCAAGCGAGGCAGCUUUCGUGUACGAUCGAGAAGGUUCCAAAAGCAAGCAGAAGAUCAGCGCGUUCUUUCAGUCUGUUACCGAAGAGAACGAAGAGCCGGAAUCUAGAGAAGCGAAUUUGUCGGAGAUCGACAAGGCUCGUCUAGAGUCCUGCAUUGAACAAAUCAAUCAAGUCUUAGGCUGCGGAAUAUCUCGCCAGGAGCUGAUCAACAUAAUCUUGUUGUACAAUUUUAACGUCGAGAAGGCAAUUAAUUUCAUUUUGGGUUGUCCGCAGUAUAAGCACGUCACCGAGAAAAAAGCAGCAGCCAUACCAAAAGAUGUAGAUUCGUCCAAUAUUAAAGUGGUCACGCCGGGACCCAAAACCACGAACGUAACGAAAGGUUUUGACUUGGUCCAAAAAGAGGUGACACGAUUAAACGUAACUCCCAGGUCGCAAUCGCCCGCUUCGGGAAGAGUGACGCCGGUGAACGCGCCGGACCAAAAUGACGAAACCAAAGGCGCGAAGCAGAAGGACAGCAAGUUGGACGCGAACGAGCAGUACAAAAAGGAACGGGGAGGCGCCAAGGAAAACCUGUACAUGGUAGUAAUAGGACACGUCGAUGCGGGCAAAUCGACGCUAAUGGGACACCUGCUGUGCGCUUUAGGCCAGGUAAACCAAAAAACUAUGCACAAGUACGAGCAAGAGAGUCGAAAGGUCGGAAAGCAGAGUUUCAUGUACGCGUGGGUUUUGGACGAAACUGGCGAGGAGAGGAAUCGUGGUAUUACUAUGGACGUGGGGCGUUCGCAGUUCGAAACCGAGACAAAAUUGGUAACUUUAUUAGAUGCACCCGGUCACAAGGAUUUCAUACCGAACAUGAUUUCGGGAGCAGGUCAGGCGGACGUCGCCCUACUAGUCGUCGACGCAACUCGAGGCGAGUUCGAGACCGGUUUCGAUUUCGGCGGUCAGACGCGCGAGCACGCUCUACUUGUACGUUCCCUAGGUGUGGGGCAGUUGGCCGUCGCCAUAAACAAGUUGGAUACGGUCAUGUGGUCGCAGGAGCGGUUUAACGAAAUUGUCCAAAAACUUAAAGUGUUUCUCAAACACGCCGGUUUCAAGGAGAGCGACGUUGCGUUUGUACCGUGCAGCGGUCUCACUGGUCAAAACUUGAUCAGGAAGCCUACGGAAAGCGAGCUGUUGCAGUGGUACUCCGGCCCGUGCUUACUCGACGUGAUAGAUAACUUUAGAACGCCAGAGCGGCCAGUGGCGAAACCGUUUCGAUUUUCGAUCAAUGACGUUUUUAAGAGUACUGGAUCGAACUUUUGCGUAUCCGGACGCGUCGAAACUGGCACCUUGUGCUUGGGCGAACGCGUGCUGGUAUGUCCGAGCAGGGAGCUGGCAACGGUUAAAGGAUUAUCGAUCGAAGAAGUCAGCCAACAGACCGUGUUUGCCGGUGAUCAGGUGUCGGUGACCUUGUCCGGAAUUGAUAUUCAAAAUGUCAGUAUAGGGUACAUACUUUGCCUUCCUCAGAAUCCGGUGCAGAUUGCCUCUAACUUUCAAGCUCGUAUUGUGGUCUUUAACGUUACUGUUCCCAUCACCAAAGGAUACUCGGUUGUCAUGCACCAUCAAAGCCUAGUCGAACCGGUUAUUGUUUGUAAAUUAAUCAACCAAUUGCACAAAAGCACCGGAGAAAUUAUGAACAAACAUCCGCGCUGUUUGAGCAACAAUUCGAGCGCUACCGUAGAAAUAAAGUCGUCCAGACCUUUGGCGAUUGAGCUGUAUAGCGAGUGCAAAGAGUUAGGUAGGAUUAUGUUACGAGUUGGCGGUGUUACCAUUGCGGCCGGUUUAAUUACGAAGAUUAUCUUAUAAGCGUUAACACAUAAAAUGUGUUUUUUUUUGUAAAUGAUGAAAAUGUAAAGAUAAUAGACUGACAUUUUUUGUUA